GACCUUUUGUUUGUGAUUAUGAAGGCUGUGGUAAAAGAUUCACAAGAGACUUCCAUCUCAGACGCCAUUGUCUUAUUCACACCGGAGAGAAGCAAUAUGUGUGUACAGUUGAUGGCUGCAAUAAAAAAUAUGCAACAAAACAAAAUUUGAGUAAGCACAUGGGCAAGCACAGCAAUCGUCUGUAUGUGUGUGACUUUGAAAACUGUGGGAAGUCUUUUAAAAAACAUCAGCAGUUAAAAAUUCACCAGUGUCAACAUACCGGAGAACUAUUCUUCAAAUGUAGUCACCAAGGAUGCGAAGCUCGCUUUGCUAUACCUCAUCAGUUAAAACGCCAUGAAAAGACCCAUGAAGGCUACAUGUGCAAAAAAGAUGGAUGUUCGUUUAUUGGGAAAACAUGGUCACAGCUCCGGAAACACACAAAAACUGCACAUAUUGAGCCAGUGGUCUGCAGUGUGUGUGCCAAAACGUUCACCCGUAAAGAUUACCUCAGAUGCCACCAAAAAGUUCAUGCCUCGGAGAGGGAAGUGUUCAGAUGUCCAAGAGAAAGCUGUGGAAGGACUUACACCACCCUGUUUAAUCUUCAAAGCCACAUUGUCUCUUUCCAUGAGGAGAAAAGACCAUUCUCAUGUGACCAUCCUGGCUGUGGAAAAGUCUUUUCCAUGAAACAAAGUCUCGUAAGGCACGCCGUUGUACAUGACCCAGAGAAGAAGAAGCGGAACUUAAAUAAACAUUGUCCCAAGCGGAGCCUGGCCUCUCGCCUCAGUGGCUACAUUCCACCAAAAGCAAAGCAAAGACAUGGACUGGCAAUGGAUGAGACCUUGACUGCACAGAACAACCUGAAGAACAGCCUACCGGCUGUUGAAACACUGUGUCUGGACUAGGGUUGUAGAUGAGCUUCAUGCAGUUAAAUGGCUUUAGGAAGUCACUUUUGGUAAGUUUGUAGUCUGUACAGAAAACUGAGUUUGCUUUGAAAUGUUUCCACUUUGUGUAAAA